GUGCCCACCUCCCUAGUCCAUGGGAGAGAGCUGAGGAUCUGAUACCAGAACUGCGCUGGAAAUGCCUAAGCUGGUUAACUCUCAUUGGACUCCAAUAGCCAAAUUGAACCGUCUGGCCUUGCAAGAUGAAGCAGCCACGAACGAACCCCUGGUUGGCUUAGCAAACACUUCUGAUGUCUCCGAUAAUGUGACUGCAUUGGGCAAUUGCUCGGAUGAGAAGAUGUUGAUCCGCAUGCACUACCUUCCUGUGAUUUACAGCAUCAUCUUCCUCGUGGGUUUCCCAGGAAACAUCGUAGCGAUUUCAACGUAUAUCUUCAAAAUGCGGCCCUGGAAAAGCAGCACUAUCAUCAUGCUGAACCUGGCCUGGACAGACCUGCUGUAUCUCACUAGCCUCCCUUUCCUGAUUCACUACUACGCCAGUGGAGAGAACUGGAUCUUCGGGGACUUCAUGUGCAAGUUCAUCCGCUUUGGCUUCCAUUUCAACUUGUAUAGUAGCAUCCUCUUCCUCACCUGUUUCAGUAUCUUCCGUUACCUGGUCAUCAUUCACCCCCUGAGCUGCUUUUCCAUACACAAAACCUGGUGGACGGUAGUAGCCUGUGCUGUGGUGUGGAUCAUUUCGCUGGUGGCCGUCCUGCCCAUCACCUUCCUGAUUACAUCCACCACCAGGACUAAUCGAUCAGCCUGCCUCGACUUCACCAGCUCAGAUGACCUCACCACGAUCAAAUGGUACAAUCUCAUCUUGACAGCCACCACCUUCUGCCUCCCCUUGGUGAUUGUGACCCUUUGCUACACGACCAUCCUCAACACCCUGGCCCAUGGUCUGCAGACACACAGCUGCCUCAAGCAGAAAGCUCGGAAGUUAACCAUUCUGCUACUCCUCGUGUUCUAUAUCUGCUUCUUACCCUUCCACAUCUUGAGGGUCAUUCGGAUUGAAUCUCGUCUGCUCUCUCUCAGCUGUUCCAUGGAGAAUAACAUCCACGAAGCUUACAUCAUUUCUCGACCCUUAGCUGCCCUGAACACCUUUGGGAACCUGUUACUCUACGUGGUCGUCAACAACAACUUCCAACAGGCCAUCUGCUCCAUUGUGAGGGCCAAACCCAAGGCGGACCACGAGCAAGCCAAGAAAACCAUUUGUUCAAACAACCCCUGAAAGAUUCCAUUCACUCAACAACCCGGCCAAGUUUUUGCCUCUAAUGCAUGUGAAGUGCUGAAUCUGACCCUCAGUGGCCCUCUCGGUAGCUUCUGUAUUGAAGUGACGCCGUGCCAGAGUAAGGACAGAACUACCAAGAGCUCUUUGCAUGAUGUUCAUUGAGCUCUUCCCUUGAGAAGACCCAUCUACGAGAUCCAUGUGGACUCAUCAAGUAUCCAAACACAGAUCACCAAUACUUGGACCUCAGGGCCAUCCCAGAGAAUAUCCGUUCUUAGCCACUUAUUAGAUACACCUGGAAACUGAAAUCCACACAUCUUGCCUUGGAUCCCUAUACAUGAUUGGUGAGAUAGGGAAAACAUAAGACCCAGCAUUCACUUCCAAUUACAUGUUCUUUUACUCAUGGGGCCUGUUUGCAUUGAGGCCUUAGACUGGGUAUUAAUUUUUCACAUCUUACAUUGUCAAAAAUUUUUUUCCUUUCAAAUCUCGCUUCGUGAUCCAAACAAACCAGUAAAAUAUACUUAGAAUAAUUCAAGGGUGUCAAUACAAGUAGCUGGAAUUAGUCCUUGUAAGAUAUUUGGGGAAGGGUACCAUGUUUUUUUUUUAAAUUGUGGUACACCAUCAUAAAAAUUGUUCCUGAAUUUAUAAAAAUUAUCAAGGCAUAUCAGUUAAUAUCUACAUUCCCUAGGGAUCAAGGAGACACAUUUGGAGACAGAACUAUCAUGUGUUUAUUGGGUUUUAAUCAGAUCUAAUGUUUUAAUUUCAGUGAGAAAAUACUCAAGGAAAUUCUCUUUGGAUAACUUGCCCUUUUAUGACUACAAUGAAAAUGUAUCUAUCAAAACAGCAAACGACAUUCUUGAAUUGUGUGUUUUUAAUUAUCAGUAAGUGUAAAUAGUGGAGAAAAUACCUACUCUAGAAUUAAAUCCCAGUAACUAUUAAUACAACUAAUAAACUUUAAAGAAUAACUGGAUGCACUGUCAUAUUUUGUUUCCUGUGAGAAUGCAG